AUGCAUUAUUUACCGGUUGCGAUAGUAACAGGUGCCACUAGGGGUAUAGGGAAAGCAAUAUCUCAGAAAUUGCUCCAGAAAGGUUUAAGUUGCAUUAUGCUGGGAUCCACUAAAGAGAGUAUAAAGUAUGUCGCAAUGGAUAAGGACUAUUCACAAUCAAAAUCUUUAUAUCAGCGACACUGUGCAAUGGCAAUCGAUUUCAAAAAAUGGCCUCACUGGCUUGACUGUGAGACAUAUGACGGUAUCGAGUACUUCAAAAAUAAACCGCCUUUGAAACAGAAAUAUCAUACAGUGUUUGACCCAUGUGACAAGUGGUCAACUAAUGAGCUUUAUUAUUAUGUAAACUUACUGAUCAAUUGCGCUGGGUUGACACAAGAAUCAUUAAGUGUAAGAACCACUGCUUCCCAAAUGCAAGAUAUAAUGAAUGUUAACUUCAUGAGUCCUGUGACAAUGACAAAUAUCUGCAUAAAACAGAUGAUGAAGUCUCAAAGAAGGAGGCCAGAACUUUCUAAUGAAUCUGCUCAACUCACCAUCAUAAAUAUUUCGUCAAUCUUACAUUCCGGGGAAAUGAAAGUUCCAGGUACAUCUGUUUACUCGGCCUCUAAAGCCGCAUUGUCUCGAUUCACAGAAGUUUUAGCUAGAGAAAUGGAACCAAGAGGUGUUCGUUGUUUCGCGGUAUCUCCAGGCCUGGUCAAGGGUACCGAUAUGAUUCAGAAUUUGCCAGUGUCAUCUAAAGAAGUACUGGAGACCGCCAUUGGCACAAACGAACUCAGCACACCUGCCGAGGUGGCACAGGAGGUUUGGUCUCUAUAUAAUAAUACUAAGAUGCACAAGUAA